AUGGAGACGUUACUGGCUGUUCACGGGGGAGCGGGUUAUCAUAAAGGAAAAGUUGAUGAAUUGUGUGCUGAAGUUUUAAGGCAAGGAAAGCGCGACUUGAUACGUGUGGUGAAGUUAUUGGAAGAUGACUCGACCACUAAUUGUGGAACCGGUUCAAAUUUAACAGUCAGUGGCGAGGUCGAGUGUGAAGCAGCUAUUUCAUACUCAAAAGGCCAAUAUUAUUUAUUUCCUUCAAAGUUAUUUGAUACAAUAAUAAUUUUUUUAGGCAAUAUGUUCGGUGCUAUUGGGUCUGUAAAACGUAUACGAAAUCCUAUAGAGGUUGCUUCAAUGCUAGCUGAGGAUAGUACAAAUUAUAGUUCUGGUUUAGUUCCACCUUCAGUUCUUGUGUCGGAAGGGGCAGAGAAAUACGCUGAAAGCAAGGGAGUUUUGCUCUGUUCUAAUAGUGAUUUGAUAACUAGUGAGGCAACUUCUCAGUGGCAGAAGGCUAGAGCGAAGGUGGGUAUCGGGAAAGAAAACCGUCUAGAUACAGUUGGAGCCGUUUCGCUUAGUAAUGAAGGAUAUUGCUCUGCUGCCUCCUCCAGUGGAGGUUUUGUUGUGAAAGCAAGUGGUCGGCUUGGGUUGUGCACACAAGUUGGUGGUGCUGUCUGGGCGGAACAGCGGGGUAAAAGAAAUGUAGCAGUUUCUCUUUCAGGAUGUGGCGAAUAUAUUUCUAAAACGUUGCUGGCAUAUAAGCUAGCUUCGGCCUUACUUGAGUGGGAUAGUGAGUCUGGACUUCUUUCUGAAUGCGUUCAAGCGACAUUUACAGAUUCAUUUUGUAACUCACCACUUUUAUCUUGUCGUCCGAAGGAUCGGGUUUUGGCUGGUGGAUUGGCGCUUUUUGCUGAUUUAGACUCGGGUUGUGCCGAACUGCUGGCAUUUCAUAACACUGCACAUUUACCGUUUGCUUUUGACGACGGUGGAAAAAUUAAAAAAUUUUUUUCCCGGAAGGCUAGUGAAAGUGCUUUUAUUAUCCACGCUUUUCCCAUUCAUUCUGCACCACUCAGGAAAAAGUUUGUGAUCCCAACGAGAGAUGACGACCUUUUAGAAAAAACUGAUGACUUUUAUACUGUGGAAUUAAGUCCAACAUUAGAGGAACUUGAAGAAAGUAUUGGUGGUUUGCGAUCUGAAAUUGAACUUGAAAAUUGGAAGGGUGUUUUGGAUUACUUCGACUAUCUCUUUUUUUUCGUGCGCUUUAAAUAUGAAGACGACCCGUGGCGAUACAGAACACGUUUAAUUCCACUGCUGACAAAAGGUCUUUAUUUAGUAUUAGAUAGUUUUGAAAAGCUUCUUGACAUAUUGGCAAAGGCAGAAAUUGACUUUCUUGAUGGUGAUGAUGCAUCUAUUGAGCGCGAGCUACAUCUAUGUGGGGUACAAAUGUACUUGUACUUGUUGUGCCGGAUCUCUUACAUGUUUGAAGUUGAAACGCAAAAUAGGCAGAAGAGUGUGUCUGGAUUGACAGUGAAAAAGGGAGCUCGUAAAGAAGUUGCUUCCGAGGAUAUAAAAAAUUUUAUCAGUUUUUGGACCAGUGAGAGGGAAAAAGUAGUUGAGGCUGUCGUUAUUUCUGUUUAUGUUUCGUCAGUUUUUUGCAGGUUAAUUGAAGAUCUAGCUUUUAAACUGUUAGAAAAUCCGGACCUCUCUAAAGUCAGUCAUCGGCCCUGGCUUCAUACGAUUUUUAAUUUUUUGCGUACGAUCGCAGUCGAUUUUGAUGAUUAUUCAAAAAUUGGCGAAAGGUUGAUUCUUUUAAUGAAACAUUUGGACUAUCUUGCUUCGUCCUCGCAGCCAACUCUGCGAUGUGCUGUUCUGACGUCCUAUUAUGAAGUUGUUACUCAUAUUUACAGUGGAAGUGAUCUGGAAAAUCCAGAUUGCCAAGAUCAUAUCGUUGAUGUGAACGCGAACGUUAGGUCUCGCGCACUGCAGCUUUGGACCAAGCUUGCAAAAGCUUCACAGAUCCCUAUAAACUUUAUACAAAAUUGUUUAAUAACCGAUGCAGCUGGUCGUUUACUUGACAAGUCACUUUUUGUGCGCAAGAAUGCUGCCGCUUUCUUAUGGACUUUUUUGGAUUAUAAUCCUUUCGGCCCCUCUUUGUCUUCUGAAGAACUAAAGACACAACUCAGUCUGGCCUUCGACGAGUAUAAAGAACUAAAGAAGGAUAGUCCAGAAAAUGACUUGGUUAAAUCAGUCAUGGAUAAGUGGAAAAGUAUCCAAGACGAUGUUAUUAAAUGUAUCGAGAGGGCUAUUGCACAGGAAGGAGAUGGGAAAGAAAUAAGUCUUAUCGGUGCCGGUGGUGACUUUGUUGAGGGACAAUCGAGAGAAUGUGAAAGUAGUGAACUUCCUAACAAGUUGGAGAGCGAUCAGAUUACCGAGUUUUAUGGAGAAGUGCUAAGGAGUAUAAAACUCAAAAGAUGGGAGAAAGCGUUUGUUGAGCUGGUUGUAGAAGAAAAAACUCGUAGUUCUGUGAUCACCGCUUUCGUCAUCGCCGCGCUGAAAGGAGAGCUUCUGGAUAUCGACUUGUUCGUUGCAUUCGAUUUAAUGUCGCGUUAUUUUUCACCAAAUUCCUUUGUCGUUAUUGUAAUAAAAAAAUAUUUAGAAAACUGUGUAAACGUACAGUUAAAUGAUGAUGAACAGUUGCUCUUGGAGGAAGAUAAGAUGGAAGAUUUCGAAGACAAAUUAUUGAAAAUUGAAAAGAAGAUUGACUUUUUACAGGUAGGAGUUGAAAGAUUUUUUGUCGAUUUUUUAGUGUGUAUUUUAUUUAAACUCUGCUUAAUAGUUUACAUAAUUUUUGAGGGCGCGCUUGUUUUUGCCCUUGAGAUGGAAAAUUGUUUGGAAGUAGCUGUACGUUCUGUGAUGACUGGUCAGGCAGGCGAGCUGGGGGAGAUCAUCAAACUUUUAGUGGAAGCGAGUAAAUUUGAGAUUAAAGGUUCUUCUAAGGCUAUUCGGGAGCUGUUUCGCGUUGUCUGGAAAAGAGAUAGCGGAGUUCAGGAUGUUCUUGUUAACGCUGCAAAAGAUCUUUUUGUAUCUUCUAAUGAAAAGCAUGAAAUUAUGGUUCGCAGAACUGCGGAGAACCUUUUCAAAGGGGUUUUGGGAGCGAGCGAAGAAGAAAGAGUUUCAAUCGAGCAGGUGUGCGCUUCAGUGAUUUACCUGAUGAUCAAGAAUGAUGUUUUCGAUGAGGAGAUUUAUGAUAUAGUGGUUGAAGUGCUAUUUGCAGCUUCCGGUCCACUUCGAGUGACAGCUCUUCGGCUUUUUAGUUUAAUAUGCAAGCAAGUUAAAUUCAUUUCUGGUUAUUUAUCUCUAUUCUAUUUUAUUUUUUGCUGUUUUUUUGAAGCUGAUGACGGGACAUUAGCAGGGGAGUUCUGCAGUUUGGUUGCUAUGUUUGGGAGCCUUCCAGAUAUGAAAACUUUACAAAGCAUAAGUAGGACGCCGUUUAGACUGGAAGAUUCUCAUCAACUUUUUGAGUACAUCCAUAGUUUGAUCCUUCACGGUUUUACCAUCAAGAAAUAUCGGUGGAUUGAUGUCAUUAUAAAGGGGCUGAAUGCCAUUUUCUAUGUUGAUGCACAACCCAGCUUAAGAAUCUCCAACCUCUCAAGUGAUUUAGUACGGAUUACCAAAUUUGUCUUGUCGGAAGCAAUAAAAGCGAAAAAGUUGUGCAGCAGUUUAGGAUCUGGUGACAAAUGUGAGCCACAAGAUGCUGCAGGGAUUUGCCCAAUUGACGCACAAAGUCUUAUUGAAAAUGAGGAAGCGUGGUUGGCUAGGAAUGCUGCAGUAUUGAGUUUAGAUGAUAGUGCUAGUAAGAUUGCUGAUUUGGAUUUUGUUUGCUCAGAAGACCUGCAAGGAGCUAUUUUAAAUCAGCUCAAAGAGGAAAUUUCUACGUAUGCAGAAGGUGCUGUCGAGUGCUGGGAUUUGGUAGCAGAACGACUGUGCUUUUUUGCCGGCGAAGUUGCUCUCAAAUUUCUUAUACAUGUGGACGUUUCCUUCGUCGCCGAAAUGAAACGGAAGAAUGAAUUGCUUCAUUCCCUUUAUGGCGGUUCAGCGAAAGAUCCGACUGUGGCCAAGAUAUUAAAAACAGUUAAGGAUUUUCCAGAGGAUCGGCAGCUUACACAGCUAGAAAGGGACUCAGUUAACAGAUGUGGUUUAUUUGAACUACUAGAAUACGAAGAUGAAGAUCGACUGGGGAUGAGCGAAAUGUCUCAGGAAGAGAAAGUAGUACAGAUAGCUCAACACAUUUGUGAUAAGGAACUUUUGCAUACUGACGCUCUGUUAGGCCGUAUGUUGCCUUUCAUCUUCCACAUCCUUGAAGUAAAAAAGUGCUGUAGCAGAGAAAGGGUUCGGUCUGCAGCAGUCUUAGCAUUGGCGAAAAUAAUGCUUUUGAGCAAUGACCUUUGCGAGAAGGCUAUGCCAGUGUUUUUGGAUUACUUGGCUAAUUCCCCAAGCUCUAUAUGCAGGAGCAAUCUUAUGGUAGCUGCAGCAGAUAUUUGUUUUCGAUUCCCAAAUAUCAUCGAGGGUUGUAGUGGGCAUUUGUUUGAAAGGAUUCGUGAUAGAGAUAAAUAUGUUCGCCACACCUGUAUUAUUGUCCUUACUCACCUUUUGCUAAACGACAUGAUAAAAGUUCGAACCUCAAUUGUGGAAGUUGCUAAAUGUACAGUUGAUGAAGACGAAACUAUGGCGGAGUUGUCAAACAGUCUUUUUGUCGAAUUGUCAAAAAAAGGGAACAUCAUUUACAAUCUAAUGCCAGAUAUGAUUUCAAGGAUUUCUACGGAUAAUGAUGUUACUUUUGAUGAUUUUAAUGCUAUUAUGAAGAUCGUACUUUCGUUUAUUAAAAGGGACAGGCAAUCUGACAAUUUGCUUGAAAAACUUUGUGUGCGUCUGCAGGCAUGUGUUGACCAGAAUGGUUUUAUUGACGAGUCUUUAGCGGAACGGAUUUCUCUUUGUAUUGCAAGGCUCCCGCUAACAGAAAAGUCUUCUGCUGUUUUUUCCGAGUACAUACCGGCACUUAGUUGUUUAUUCCAGAAUGAUGCUAUAUAUAAUAAUUUUUCCGCUGCUAUUUCUUCUCUCAAGCGAACAGCUAUUCGAAACACAGAACUGAAGUCCGAAGUUGACCGAAUUCUCGAUGAUUUAAGCAAGCUUCGAAAUGCAGGUGCGGCUCAGGAAGCUGUUAGUGAUGAAACACUUCUUCAAAUACGGUUCGGUACGAUUUGUGCCUACGGAGAAGAGCCAUUACUUCCUGUUCGGAAGGCCAGGACAACUAUGUCAACAUCAUCGGGUAGUUAUGUGAAUUCAAAAGUCCAAGUCACAGCUGAGGAUCAAAAAAUGAUCAACAAGUUUGCUCGUUUGCAUCAAAGGUUUUUGGAAUUGAAAGUCAAAUCUAAAGAACUGGACAAAAAUUUACAAAACUAUAACGAUGCUGCAGAUGAGCUACUGCUAUUAGAUGAUGCAGAUGCUGAAACAAUACCAUUAAAAAUGGGGAAUGUUUUUGUGCAUUAUAACAUGGUAGGUAAAGAUUCGAUGACGCAAAAACUGGAGAAAUUGAAAGAAGUUACGCAAUCAGAUCUUUCGCAUUUGAAAGAUGAGAGCGAGGAAGUGUCAGCUGAAAUGGACAGUUUGAAGAGGAAAUUAUAUGGAAAGUUUGGCAACAGUAUUAAUUUGGAAACAGAUAAAGAAGAUUAA